AUGUCGGUUUCCAGAGAGGAGGGUUCAAAAAGCCGGUCCGAGACACCUCAACGCUGGCAAUUCAUUGAUAGUUCGAAGAACAGUCGAAGCAAUCUGACCCAAGUCAAGCGCCAUGUAAUGCAAGAGUACAUGCGUCAGAAGAAAGGAGGCCCGCACCAGAGCGAAGAUGAGAGCGAGACCACCCCGCGGCGGAAACGCGGGAGACCUAGGAAAACGGACUCGAAACCUCGUGAACCGACAAGACAGCCCGCGACAUCGGGAAGCAGCUCAAGCCCGCUGAAACUGGCUCCCAACCCGGACUCUUCUGGGCCGAGUGAGGAAGAUGCGCUGGCCGAUCUUGAUCAAGUCGUUCACGCGAUGGGCCCCUUAGUGCCUGCCCAGCCCACUAAACUUGACACAUAUGAACGAACCCUCCCCUUUAGACCUCCUGUUCAGCAUUCUGGAUCUGUGCCGGAAGAGUCCCGAGUCCAAUUCAGCUUUGUCGACAUCACACCGGCCUCACUGGAUACGCCAUAUAAUAUGAGCGUGGACCCCGCUUCCUCCAGCGUCGACCUGCAGUUGUCGCCACGGACUAUAAUGAGCGCAGCCAGAAGAGAUCCAUUCAAUGCGCUUCCCCUGGAACUGAACGAAGAAGGACAUCGGCUAUUUGACUUCUACGUGAAUGAUAUGCCGGCUUGUUCCUAUGGAGGCCACUAUCGGUCGAAAAAGGCACACAAUUGGUACACAAUGGUCUUUGUCCCCGAGGCGAUGAAAGGAGGUGUCGCAUUUCAGAAUACUAUUCUGGUACAUGCUGCCAAUACCUGGGCCUGGCUCCGCAACGAGGUCGAGACAACACGAACUCUCCUAUACCGAGACCGGGCCCUCACAAUGCUCCGCGAGCAUCUUCAGAACGAUCCAUAUGAUAAUUCGGACGUCUCUAUCAUCUCAUGUCUGAGUGCUGCCGCACUCGAAGACUUUGAUCCCCGGCCAGGCCACAAAGAAAUCAGCUGGAUGCACAUGCGAGCAGCCCGCAACAUGAUCAGACUAUAUCCUAUCCGGCUACGAGACACACGGGGCCAGCUUCUUCUUCGAUCCAUCCGAUCCCAUUGUCACUCCCAAAAACGCACCUUCUCACCCCCGUCUUCACACCCUUUCCACAACAUGCCAUCCCCACCCAGCUCUGUCGACUCUCCACCGUCCGACGCCGCCUCUUUCCCACUUCCCGAAGCGGGUCCGCCUGCACCCAUUCCAUCAACUCAAGGGACUCCUAUCGAUGAAAUUCGUUUGCAAUGCGAAGAAUUUCUCCAUUUCCUCCGUCGAUGCGAGCAUCUGGCUCUCUACCAACGAGACCACCCAGAAACAUGCGUUCCAGCCCGCAGCACCACCGUGCACGAAACAUCCAUCCUAUACCGAGUGAUAGCGGCGCCUCCAAUUGCUCGAUCCACCAAAUCAGGCGACCGCAAGCAAAUGAUCGCUCGACUGGCAGCUCUGAUAAUGCUCAACGCUGGUCUCUGGGACUAUCGCUACACCCCAACUCUAGCAGGAAGCUUCCUGACGACACUCGAGCAGGCCAUGAUCGACAGCGAAGUGAGCAUGAGUGGCUCGGUCGAGGCGAUCCUCCAGAUCCUUCUAGAAUGCAACGAUGGCUUGGGUCCCGAACUAUUCGACCACAGCGCCCUCGAGCCAUUGCCUGAUUAUUCGCAAUACGCCCCCAAUGAUGCAUCGCCGUAUUCCCGGCCGUGGUUUGUCGGUCGCAUGCUCAAGAUUGCGAAGCGGCUGAGUGCUGAAUCCUGGUACCGCGUGAACAGUAUGCUGUUCGCUUGUCUUACUCUCCAGGCGUGUGAGCUUUCGUUCUGUCUUUGGGAGCCCGAUCUUCGUCGUGAGAUACUCGAUGCGCCAUUGACGAACUAUGUGAUGCCGUCGCUUCUUUGA